CAUUUAGCAUCUCAGAUUCAAUGAAUCUGGUUUCGUCUAUAAAAGUAUAAACUUUAAGAAAAACAAAUAACAUUAUAUUUUAAACUUUCUAAGAUUGAAAACGUAAUAAGUAACAAUCAAAAAUGAAAUUUUUUAUAAUUUUAGUAACUUUAGUUGCACUUACAGCUGCUAAAUAUGAGCUAAAAUCUCGAGAAGAGUGGUUCAAUAUCCAAGAUUACUGCGAUGAGCGUUUUAAAGUAUCGCCUGAGUUUAGAGAAAAACACAAAGACGACAAAUAUGUACCAAAAGAAAUCUUCCGAACAAUAUUGUGUUAUUUGCGUGGCUUAGAAUUAUGGAAUGAUUCCGAAGGAUUUUCGAUCGAUAAACUGAUGGUGGGUCUUGAGAGUGUCAAGGAUAAUAUCAAAAACUACAAUGCAGUGAUAUUACGGCAAAGUCUUGCCCAAUGUACCAGUGAUAAAAACACCGAAGGAAUUGCACCAUUUGAUUGGGCAUAUCGCUGUUUUAAGUGUUUUGCGGAUAAUAGGUAUAUAAUGGAGGCCUUUAAAGUAGCGACUUUCUAUAAAGAAGAUAAAAAAGAUGCAGAUGAAUAAAUCAAAUUUUCUUUCAAACAA